GAUUCAAGCUCAACAAACAAUACAGUUGUUAGAUACAUACGACGGACACAUUAAUUCAACAACUUCAUAUGUGACGUUUAUUUACACUCCAUCAGGGGUAUCUGACAAAACUGGUGGACUUUCAAAAAUAUUUGCUAUGGCUAAAAGGCAAGCUGCUAGUACCACUGCAACGAUCGCACCUGGAUCAACAACGAGCGCCAUAGUAAGCAAGCCAACCCAACUACCAAUAAUUGGAUUGCCUAGGAAAAUAUAUAUCUCAAUAUUAAUUUGCAGGAUACCCACUGGAUCUGCAGAAAUGCCGAGAGUCUUUGUUUCUACAGACUCUUCACAAAGCCUACCUAGACCUAAUGCGAGCAACACACAAGAAAUAUUCAUUAAAAAUGGAUUAGCAAAUUAUACAGUUACAAUUCCAUAUACAUACAUUGGAAUACUUUAUCCAAAUAAAACCGGCUUAACCGGAGAUUACUAUUAUUCAAUUGGAGCCUCGACUUUAG